AUGUUGACUCGCACCUCCUUCACUGAAUAUUUCCCAGUCUUGCCUUUUGUGAGAAUCAGAAGCAAACCUAGAAGACGCCGCAGCAUCCGGCCCCCGCAGGCUGCUCUCUCUCUCGGCACUGACCCAGAGAGGCAGCGGCACGGGCAGGAGAAACGAGAGGCGGCGAGGGGAGCAGCGCCAUCCGAGCCGGAGCAGAGAUCGCCCCGGCGGCCCGCGCGCUCGGGGCCGACAGGAGCUGGAAGUGAGGGAAGGCAACGGCAGGACCGACGACUGCGCCGAGCGCUGCACAAAAUGCCGAGCAGACAGAACCCGAGACCUGGGCUGCGGCGAGCAGCCGGGAGAGUGCUGCUGCUGGCCGCUAUGCUGCUCGGCCUCUGCUGCCAGGCGGCGCCGGAACCGAUCCGCUACACCAUCCCCGAGGAGCUGAGCAGUGGUUCGUUGGUGGGGCCCCUGGCGCGGGACUUGGGGCUAAGCCCGGUAGAGCUGCCGGCACGCAAGCUGCAUCUCAGCGCCGAGAAGCAAUACUUCAGCGUGAGCGGGGAUACCGGCAACCUGUACGUGAGCGAGAGACUGGACCGGGAGGAGAUGUGCAGCGAGGAACCGACCUGUUCCUUCAGCUUCGAGGCGAUCGUGCACAACCCACUCAAUGUUUUCCAUGUCGAGGUGGCCAUCCAGGACAUCAACGACAAUGCACCACACUUCCUCCAAGACCAUUUCCAGCUGGAAAUUAACGAGAUGACUUCUCCCGGCGCCCGCUUUGCCGUAGGAGCCGCUGAAGAUGCGGACGUGGGCAGCAAUUCCCUGCAGAGCUACGAGCUAGAGACCAACAAGUACUUUGAGGUGGAGGUGAAGGACAGCGAGGACGGCAGCAAGUUCGCCGAGCUGGUGCUGCGCCGAGCGCUGGACCGGGAGAGAGAGCAGAUCCUGCGGCUGGUGCUGACGGCGCUGGAUGGCGGCGACCCGCCCCGCAGCGGCACCGCCCAGCUCUGUAUCAAUAUCACCGACGCCAACGACAACGCCCCCGUGUUCGUUCAGGACCGGUACCGCGUGACUUUGAGGGAGGACGCGCCUCCAGGCUCAACCGUGCUGAAUGUCUCGGCCACCGACGCUGACGCUGGAAGUUACGCGCACAUCACCUACGGCUUCGGGAAAAUGUCAGCCAAGGUGCUUCAGAAAUUUUUGUUGGACGCGGAGAGUGGGAUCAUGACGCUGCAGGAAGCACUGGACUUCGAGGACACGAGAAGCUACACGCUGCUGGUGGAGGCGAGGGAUGGGGGAGGUCUGGUGGCACACUGCAAAGUGGAGGUGGAGGUGCUGGAUGUAAACGAUAACGCUCCUGAAGUGAUACUGACAUCGGUGUCAAGCCCAGUGCCCGAGGACGCUCCUGUCGGUACCGUGGUGGCACUGGUGAAAGUACGGGACCGCGAUUCGGGGGAGAACGGUCAGGUGAGGUGCGAGCUGUCGGGAGAAGCGCCCCUGUCGCUCGUGGCGUCCUCGGGAGGUUCAUACAAGGUAGUGACGGCGAGCGCGCUGGACCGGGAGGAGGCACCUGAGCACCGAUUGACGCUGGUGGCCAGGGACCGGGGCAGCCCGGUGCUAUCGAGCCAAGCGACGCUGGUACUGGAGGUGUCGGACGUGAACGACAACGCGCCGGUGUUCGAGGAGGAGGUGUACAGCGCCUACGUGGCCGAGAACAACGCGGCGGGAGCGUCGGUGCUGCGCGUGCACGCCCGGGACGCGGACGCGGGCGCCAACGGGCGCGUCAGCUACUGGCUGGAGAGCGGCAGCGCGGACUCGGUAGCGCCGCCGGUGUCGGUGGAGGCGCAGAGCGGCGCGGUGUACGCGCAGCGCUCCUUGGACUACGAGCAGUGCCGCGAGUUCACGGUGACGGUGCGGGCGCAGGACGGCGGGGUGCCGGCGCGCAGCUCGACGGCCACGGUGCGCAUCUUCGUGCUGGACCGCAACGACAACGCGCCGCGGGUGCUGUGGCCGGCGGCAGCGUCGGCAGCAGGCGAGGCGCCGCCCUUCGAGGUGGUGCCGCGCUCGGCCGAGGUGGGCUACCUGGUGGCCAAGGUGGUGGCGGUGGACGCGGACGCGGGGCGCAACGCCUGGCUGUCGUACGAGCUGCUGCAGGCGCCGGAGCCGGCGCUCUUCCGCCUGGGGCUGCACAGCGGCGAGGUGCGCACGGCGCGGGCCGUGUCGGAGCGCGACGCGGCCAAGCAGCGCCUGGUGGCGCUGGUGAAGGACCACGGGCAGCCGGCGCUGUCGGCCACGGCCACGCUGCACGUGGUGCUGGCCGAGAGCUUGCAGGAGGCGCUGCCGGAGCUGAGCGAGCGGCCGGCGGGCGCCGACUCGCCGGCCGAGCUGCAGUUCUACCUGGUGCUGGCGCUGGCUCUGCUCUCGGCGCUCUUCCUGCUCAGCCUGGGGCUGGCCCUGCUGGCGCGGCUGCGGAGGGCCGGGCCUCCCUCCGUCCUGCGCUGCCUGGGCGCGCAGCGCUUGUCUCUGGCGGGCGCCGCCUUCCCGGCCGACUUCUGCGAGGGGACCUUGCCCUACUCCUACAACCUGUGCGUGGCUCCGGGCCGCGCCCUGACCGAGGCCACCUGGCUGCCGCCGCCGCUGCCCUCAGAGGAACUGCUGGGUGGGGAGUCCUGCGGGAAGCCGAGCCCGAACAGCAGCGCCGGCGCGGGAGAUCAGCCCGUCCACCCCGACGCACCGCAGUUCCGAGAGGAGGCUGCGAGCGCCGCUGUUGACCAAGGAGGAGCCAGCGGAAGCCGAAGCGCUGCUGGCAGCCCCGCCCGCUGCGGCUCGGCUCGGCUCUCUGGCUGGCUGGCUCGGAGUCGGAGCAGUCUGCGAGAGUACCCGCGGCGCGGAGCCGAGCUGAAGCGAGCCGAAGGGGCUAGAAGAAGCGAGCGGCAGCGGCGAGCUGAAGAAGGAGCCAGAGUCCGAUCGGGAUCCGUGGCGGCGGUGCGGUAG